AUGAUUCACAAGUCACGAAUGUUGAAAUUACAGAAAAUAAAAGAAAAAAAAUUUCGAAUCGUACUAACGUGAAGAAAAAAAAAGAAAAUGAAGAACCUUGUUUGACGGAUAGUGACAAUGAUAUAACCCAGGCUGUGGGUGGCUCACAUUCACGUUUUCGUAUAUUUAAAAAUAUCCAACCACAAAGUGAACAAGCAUCAAAUGCAUUAUCACUUUCAAUUAGAAGCCCCUCACCUAAAAAUUUUUAUGACCAAUGCUUUCUAACAUUUAAAAUUAGCCAGUCUCCCUUAGCUGAAAGGCAUUCAUCUGAGAGUGUUUAUAGCCAACUAUCCCCAACACCCAACGUCACUUCUUCUUCUUUAACUAGAAACUAUUUAUUUGGAAAUACUGUUAAUCAAUGGUUAUUAGCAUCAACUACAUCAAACACAAUUAAUGUCUCUUCGUUUUCCUUAAUCGGUCCAUUUAAAAGUGAUCUUGAAGUCUGUUUGUACUUAGUGCAACAUCCAGCUCUUAUCAAUUUAGCACUAAGCAUAAUAAAUGCAAAUGGUCAAGAAUCUCAAAUUAUUGAUGCACUAAUGAGAUCCUUGUUUUCAGAUAUUCAACAUGCUGGUGUGUCAGAAUGUGCUGCAUUGCAGAUAUGGGUUUUUGGGUGUUAUCAAGAUUAUAAUGCAGCAUUAAGACAUGAACUUCGAAAGCUGGCCUCAGAAUUUAUAAAAAAGCAUAA